AUUAUUCCGUGUAAACUUCACCAGCAAAACCCAGCUCGAAGCAUCGAACUAGAGACCAUGGAAGUAGUCUGGCUUAAGACUGAACCUGACGAUGACACCGUCAAAUUAGAAACUGGCAUCGAUGUCAAUGCCGAGCUGCUAACAAUAAUUAGCCAAGAUGCGUCGAACAAUUCGUGCUGUGAGGCCGAAAAUGCUUCAAUAGAAAUUGGUGGUAUUCAAGAUCCAACUGCUGAAUAUGAUGUCAAAUGCAUCAUCGACAAACGACACAAUCGGAAGCGACAGCUGGGGAAAAUGUCUGCUACCAAAUCUGAUGGUGAGAAAGUUGAAAAGAAGGGCAAGAAGCAGUCAUGUGUCUGUGACGUUUGUGACAAGGAAUUUAGUCGACCCGAAAAUCUCCGUCGUCACAAACUGUUGCACUCCGAUCUAAGGCCUUACGUUUGCCCUGAGCAAAACUGUGGAGCCAACUUCCGUCAAAGUUAUGCUUUGAAGCUACACCGAAGGACGCACGACGCCGACCGAAAGUCCGAUGAACGCAAGUUUUUCUGCGAGGUGUGCGGCCUGGGAUUUCAAUCGAAAUUCUAUCUGCAAUUCCAUCAUCGAUCGAAGCAUAGUGGUGAGCGGCCGUAUGUCUGUAGCGAAUGUGGUCAGGGAUUCGCCCAAAGACGCGGUCUCACUAAACACCAACUGGAGCACAGUGGCAACCGUCCGUUCGAAUGUGACGAAUGCGAAAUGAGGUUCUACAGCAGAUCACUGCUGAAGUCGCACAAAAAAACGCACACCGCCGUCGAUGGUAAGCCGUUCAAUUGUUCGGAAUGCGGAAAAGGAUUUUAUCACAAGACAAGUCUCAACGCGCACCAACGUAAUCAUUUGACCAUACGGCCAUUCGGUUGUGAAAUUUGCGGCAAACGAUUCACUCAGAACGGAGCGUUGAGCGUGCACAAAGUGAUACACAGCGAUGUUAGGCCCUACGGAUGUGAGGAAUGUGGGCUGCGGUUUACUCAGCAAUAUACGCUUAAAACGCACAGAAUGAAGCAACAUGGCCUAUCAACAGCUCCAUUGAAACAACAGAAGACGGCAGUGCAACUCGACAGGAUAUCCGUAACAGGUCCAGCACCCAAAACUGUUACACACGACGAGCAAAGUAGCUACGAUCAUGUGCAGUCAUUAGAAUCAUCAGAAAUCAGUGCCAUAGGUUCAACGGACAUUGUCCCAUUUAACACGCCUGACUUGAAUGAAUCGAAGGAUGCAACGGAAUCUGGUACUGAGUCUCAACAACCGCUCAUAACCAUCAAAAUCGAGAAAAGCGUAGCGAGCGAGUCAAGCUGUUCAGAAAGCUGGUUAGAGACGAAUGACGACGAGUCCACCGAAUUCGAAGAUAAGUUUUCGGUAGAUCAUAGCACCGACACACUACAGUCACUGUUCGUUGAUUCAACCGUCUUAACUCAAAUUAAGGAAGAAGAAGAAACGACGGAGAUUGACGAACCAUCAUUAGACAUCUGGAAAUCUGAGCCAACGACAUCGGAUGAUCACAAUGCGAGUGAUAAAGGAAAGCUACUGAACAAAGACACCGCAGCCAAAAACUCAUGUGAUGAAUCAACGGAACGGCCGUUUUCUUGCAACGAAUGUGAGAGAAGGUUCGUGCGCGUCAGCGCUUUGAAAAUCCAUCAACGAGCCCACGAACGUGCCAAGAAGGAAAAAUCGUCCUGCAUAUGUGACGAAUGUGGAAAGACAUUCAGCGGGAAGAAGAAUCUUAAAGUUCACCAACGCAUUCAUUCCGGAUCGACGCCGUACUCUUGCAAGGAGUGCGGCAAGAACUUCAACCAACUAGCCAACAUGAUAACCCAUCAACUGACCCAUGCCUCAUAUAGUGAACGGCGAUUCGCUUGCGAGACGUGUGGAUCGAAAUUCUCACGGAAGGACACGCUGGAGCACCAUAGGCGAACCCACACGGAUGAUAGAAAUUUCGAGUGCGAUGUCUGUGGAAGCAAAUUCAAAACUGCGCUGAGCAUGAAGCGACACAGAUGGGGUCAUAGUGCCGACACAAAUUAUGCGUGUGACAUUUGCAGUAAAACGUUUUACAGCAAAAGUUACAUGACGGUUCAUUUACGGACACAUACGGGCUCGAAGCCGUUUGCUUGUGAUCUAUGUCCAUACAGAAGUAAUGAAAAUUCGCAGGUGAAACGACAUAAGAAAUACUCUCAUCGCGAAAUCGGUGCACCGUCCGAGUACCAAAGACUGAAGUUGAAGAAGAUGAUGAAGACGAAGAAAAUGGCCGACGAUUCACUGUAACGUUUGUAAUGUCUUUCAUAAGCUUAAACGAAAGAUUGGUUCCAAUAAAAAGAUUUUGAAAUUG